AUGUCGUCCUCGGCGGCCGGAUUCCUUGGCCGCUCGAGCAGCAACAACUCGAACAUGCGAGGCCUGGUGCAAUUUAUUGCCGACUUGAGAAACGCCAGAGCUAGGGAGCUGGAGGAGAAGAGAAUCAAUAAGGAAUUGGCCAAUAUUCGGCAAAAGUUCAAGGAUGGAAACCUCAGCGGCUACCACAAGAAGAAAUAUGUGUGCAAGCUUCUCUACAUUUACAUCCUCGGAUGGAACGUUGAUUUCGGCCACCUCGAAGCCGUCAACCUGAUUUCAGCGAAUAAAUACUCGGAGAAGCAGAUUGGCUACCUCGCCAUGACCCUCUUCCUGCACGAGAAGCACGAGCUGCUGCACCUGGUCGUCAAUAGUAUACGAAAGGACUUGCUAGACCACAACGAGCUGUUCAACUGCCUGGCUCUUCACGCGAUCGCGAACGUUGGUGGCAGGGAAAUGGGAGAGGCUCUGAGUGGAGAGGUCCAUAGGCUUCUGAUCUCGCCGACAUCCAAGGCGUUUGUGAAGAAGAAGGCAUCGCUUACCCUCCUCCGUUUGUACCGCAAAAACCCCGACAUCGUCCAACCGCAAUGGGCCGAACGUAUUAUCUCGCUGAUGGACGACGUGGAUGUCGGCGUGGCUCUGUCCGUUACGUCGCUUGUCAUGGCUCUUGCCCAGGACAACUUGAACGCGUACAAGGGGGCAUACGCCAAGGCCGCCGCAAGGAUGAAGAGGAUAGUCAUUGAUGGAGAGUACACUCCGGACUACCUUUAUUACAAGGUUCCGUGUCCCUGGCUCCAGGUCAAGCUUCUGCGCCUGCUGCAAUACUUCCCUCCCUCAGACGACACUCAUGUCCGUGAGAUGAUCAGGGAAUCUCUCCAAAAGAUCUUGAACCUCGCGAUGGAGCAGACUAAGAACGUUCAGCAAAACAACGCCCAGAACGCUGUCCUCUUCGAAGCUAUCAACCUCAUUAUUCACCUCGACAAUGAGAAUGCCUUGCUGAAGCAGAUUUCAUCUCGGCUGGGACGGUUCUUGACUUCUAGGGAAACCAACGUCCGUUACCUGGGAUUGGAAGCCAUGACACAUCUCGCAGCCCGGAUUGAUACUCUGGAACCGAUUAAGCAGCACCAGGAUGUUAUCCUAGGGUCUCUCAAGGACAGAGAUAUCAGUGUGCGGAGGAAAGGUCUCGACCUUCUUUACAGCAUGUGCGACUCUUCAAACGCUCAGGUCAUUGUUGGCGAGCUUCUACACUAUCUUCAGAACGCCGACUUUGCGAUCCGCGAGGAGAUGGUGCUGAAGAUUGCCAUCCUGACCGAAAGGUAUGCCACUGAUGUACAGUGGUAUGUGGACAUAUCGCUGCGUCUGAUCGCCAUGGCUGGUGACCACGUCAGCGACGAGGUGUGGCAGCGUGUCAUCCAGAUCGUGACGAAUAACGAAGAGCUGCAGGUCUACGCGGCCCAGCACUCCUUGCAGUACGUCAAGUCGGAUCACUGCCACGAGACGCUGGUCAAGAUCGGAGCCUACAUCUUGGGUGAAUUCGGUCACCUCAUCGCCGACCAACCUAAAUGCAGUCCCAUCGAACAGUUCCUGGCUCUUCAGAGCAAGGUCGCCGCGUGCUCAUCAAGUACAAGGGCCAUGAUCCUCUCUUGCUACGUCAAAUUCGUCAACCUCUUCCCCGAAAUCAAACCUCAGCUCUUGAAGGCCUUCCAAGUCUUCAGCCACACACUCGACUCUGAGCUUCAGCAGAGAGCAUGUGAGUAUCUGACGCUAGCAACACUGCCAACAGACGAUCUUCUGCGAACUGUUUGCGACGAGAUGCCCCCCUUCUCGGAACGCCAGUCUGCCUUGCUCGCCAGAGUGCACCAGAAGCAUGCCAACACCAGUGAUAAGAGAACCUGGAUUGUAGGCGGUAAGGAUGCCAAUGCAGAUGUGGCAGAGCUGAAGAUGGCCAAGGAGGGCGGCCUCAAGCGAACUUUCAGCACGAACGGCAACCCCCACGCUGCUAACGGAGGCUCGAACGGUACGAAUGGCCACGGUAACGGCGUUAACGACUUGGCUGGUCUAGACAUGAACAACAUUGGACCCGCCGAGCCCAAGACAAAGGCACCAAACCUGGCAAGUGCGGCUCAUUUGUCUCCCAACUGGGAGGUAGGAUACAACAAACUACUGCUCAAGGCAGAAGGCGUAUUGUACGAGGAUGGCCAGCUUCAAGUCGGUGUGCGGUCCGAGUAUAGAGGCCAAAUGGCGUGCUUGAUUCUUUACUUCAAGAACAAGACACCAACGGCGCUGGGCUCUUUUACUACGACACUGGACCUUGACGAAAAUGAGAAGGGCAAGCUUACGUGGGACGUGAAGAACCUGCCGGAGAGCACAAUUUACCAGGCCGGGCAGUCCCAGCAGGUUAUCAUGUUUGAGUGCAAGAGGGUGUUUGAUAAGAGCCCGACAAUUCGCAUCAGCUACCUCGCUGGCGCUCUCCAGGCGGUCACCCUCAAGUUGCCCAUCACCGCCCAUAAGUUCAUGGACCCUGCAGACCUCUCCGCCGAAGACUUCUUCAGGCGUUGGAAGCAGAUUGGUGGUGCCCCACGUGAGGCUCAGCAGAUCUUCGGCCUAUCCUCGGGCAAGUCGGAUAGGGAAAUGAACGAGUUCUUCGUCCGGCAAACGGUUGAGGGUUUCAGGUGGCGCGUCCUCGACGGCGUCGACCCGAACGCGAAGAACUUUGUCGGAGCAAGUGUUCUUCAUACUUCAGAGGCGGGCAAGUUUGGUUGCUUGAUGCGUCUUGAGCCGAACUACGGGACGAAGGUCAGUUUACAUCUCAUAUUUUACCAACCGCUGUCCAUCGCUAACAAUCACUACUAG